AUGUUAGAUUCAGAAGGUGCACCUAUCAACCAGUCUGGCGUUCAUCUUCGUCCGAACGGUAGUUUCACGUCACAAACGUUUGAUUCGCUGCGCACUUCUAUCAACGAGUCUGGUGUUCAUUCGUCCGAAGGGCAAUUUUCACGCCACAAACGUCAGACUAGAAGGAAGUGCACUCUAUCAACGAGUUCGGUGUUCAUCUGUCCGAACGGUAAUUUUCACGUCAACAACGAGGAUCAGAAGCGCGUAACUCUAUCAACGAGUCUGGUGUCUAUCUGUCCGAACUUAAUUUUCACGUGCUCGCUAAAUGUUAGACUAGUAUGCGCACUCUAUCAACGAGUCUGCGUCACUCUGUCCGCGUCUCCGAAGGCAAGACCACGCCAAACGUUUGUCCGAACAGCACCUAUCAACGAGUCUGCGCCAUCUGUCCGAACGGUAUUAUUUGACGUUAAAGAAGCGCACUCAUCAACGUGUCUGUGUUCAUCUGUCCGAACGGUAAUUUCACGCCACAAACGUAUUCACGCCCCAAACGAGUUUGCCCAUUCGUCAGCAAACGUUAGACCACUCUAUCAACGAGUCUGGUGUCUAUCUCUCCGAACGCAAGCGCACCUAUCAACAGAGUCUGCGUCUAUCUGUCCGAACGGUACUUUUCACGUCGCAAACGUUAAUCAGAAGCAAGUGCAAUUCUCUAUCAACGAGUCUGGUGUCUAUCUGCCCGAACGACCAGGAAGCAACGAGUGCAUCUGCCCGAACGGUAAUACGCCACAAACGAGUCUGAGUCUGGCGUCUAUCUGUCCGAACGGUAAUAUUCACGCCACAACGUUUGACCGUUAUCAACGAGUCUGCCCAUCCGAGAAGCAAACGUUAGACCAGAAGCGCGCACUCUCCAUCAACGAGUCUGCGUCUAUCUGUCCGAACGACAGAAGGUGCAUUUCUAUCAACGAGUCUGGUGCCCAUCUGUCCGAACGGUAUUUUCACGCCACAAACGUUAGACCAGAAGCAAGUGCACUCUAUCAUCAACGAGUCUGGCGUCUAUCUGUCCGAACGAAGCAGCGCACCCUAUCAACGAGUUGCGUCAUUCGUCCGAACGGUAAUUUUCACGCCACAAACGUUGGGAUCAGAAGCUGCGCACCUCUAUCAAAGAGUCUGGUGCAUAUCGUGCGAACGGUACCUUUUCACGCCACAAACGUUAGACUAGAAGCAAGUACUUCUAUCAACGAGUCUGGUGUCUAUCUCUCCCGAACGACCAGCGCGCACCCUAUCAACGAGUCUGGGGCAUCCGUCCGAACCGUAUCAAACGUUGACCAGAAGCGCGCACCCCCUGAGUCUGCGUCUAUCUGUCCGAACGGUAAUAUUCACGCCACAAACACUAGAAGCAAGUGCAACUCAUCAACGAGUCUGGGUGUCUAUCUGUCAGAGCAGUACCGCAAACGUUUUAGAAGCAAGUGCACUCUAUCAAAGUCUGCGUCUAUCUGGGUCCGAACGGUUACGCCACAAACGGCCAGACAGGCGCACUCUAUCAACGAGUCUGCGAUAUCUGUCGAACGGUAUUUUCGUCACAAACGUUGGGAUCAGAAACAUCAAAGAGUCUGCGCUCUAUUCACGCAAACGUUAGACUGCGUGUCUAUCUGUCGCGUCUAUCUGUCCGAACGGUAA